UAUCCGCAUCUAGAUAAGUCUGGCUGAUGGGCUUAUCUUCAUAGUCAAAGCAGACGAAUUAAUACUAUGAACGGCGUUCAAACCCAUCGCUGUAAUGGAGAGCCCAAAAUCACACCCAAGUUCACCCAUCCUCUUUCUUUCUCAUUCCUCACCAAACUUUGAAUUAUCAAACACCAACCCAUCUGUUUCUCUGCGCAACAUCUUCUGCAUGGGCUCUUUCACCAUCAUCACCAGUAGUAGACUAGUACUACUUUUGUCCUGCACAGUACUACUCGUCGAUUCUGGGCCCCUCUCCUCCGAUUUCAUCCGCCCAAACUUCACCGCCUCCUACCUCCAAUUCAUCGACAACAGCCCCUCCGGAGCUUUCUUGGCCUCUCGCAACCGGACCUUCAUUGCAACCAUCACCAACCCAAACCCCGAACCCAACAGAGUCUUUUACUUGUGCGUUCUUCACGCCCCUUCCAACACCAUCGUCUGGUCCGCCAAUCCCAACGCUUCAAUCUCUGAUUCUGCCAAGCUCCGCCUCACCGCAAACGGUCUCACCAUCAUGAACGACGCAGGCAACGUGGUUUGGUCCACCGCGCCAUUUCACGACCCUGCUGUUUCCUUGUUACAGCUUCAAGAUUCCGGCAAUUUAGUCCUGCUCAAUCGCUCGAAUGCUACUUUGUGGGCAAGUUUCGAUCAUCCCACCGACACCAUUGUUAUUGGACAGAAGUUGCCCGUUGGUGAAUCACUGGUUGGUGCUGCGACGGAGGACAACUUCACUGCCGGUGAUUAUCGCCUUACGGUAACCGGCGGCGACGCCUUGUUGCAGUGGAAUGGGUUGACUUAUUGGAAGCUGUCUAUGGGAACACGGGCUUUCAAGGAUACAAAUUUUCCCGUUUCCUACAUGGGCUUGAAAUCGAGCAAUGCUACUACAAUUACAAAUGGUCUCUGUCUAUUUGGGGACAAUGGGUCAACAGUUGUGAUUCGGAUGGACUUGGCGGAGUCUGAUUCUUUUAGAAUUGCAAAGUUGGGAUAUGAUGGUCAUUUCGUUGUUCAGAGAUUUGUGAGCACGGAAAACAAAUGGGUUCAAGAAUUUACAGGUCCGGAUGAUGACAAUUGUCGAAUUCCAUUCGUUUGUGGCGAAAUGGGACUUUGCUCGAAUGGAAAAUGUUCGUGUCCGGCUAGUUUUCAAGCAGCUACUCAGAUGGGCGGAGGUGGCGCGUGCAAACCCUCCAACGCUUCUUAUUCCUUGUCCUCAGCUUGUGAUGAUGAUACUCAAUCCAAUUCUUCCACCAUUUCGUAUUUGGGGUUGGGCAAAGGUAUGGACUAUUUCGCCAAUGAUUUUUCUCAACCUGCCAAAAAUGAUGUUAAUCUGUCUGUGUGUCGUGAUCUUUGUUCUCGGAAUUGUUCUUGCUUGGGAAUUUUCCAUGGUAAUUCUUCUGGGUCUUGUUAUCUACUCCAAAACCAUUUGGGUUCCAUCAUGGCAAGCUCUGAAAGCGAUCGAUUGGGUUACAUAAAGGCUCUGGUUGUAUCUUCCUCACCAAACCCAAAUGCUGAUGAGGAGGGAAACUUCCCAAUUCUGGGUUUGGUACUAUUGCCUUCCUCUGGGUUCUUAUUAGUCACCCUUGUUGCUAUGGUAAUUCUCUGGUACAGAAGAAAAGCAAGGCGUUCUAGAAAUGGGGUAGUAAAAUUAGGCCGCAGAAACUCAUCCUCGUCGGGAGAGCUUGAAACAUUCUCUAUCCCGGGUUUACCGGUGAGGUUUGAUUACGAAGAGAUUGCAGCUGCAACUGAUAAAUUCAGCAACCAAAUUGGUUCAGGUGGAUUUGGGACGAUAUACAAAGGCACUCUCCCGGAUGAAACUGUGGUGGCAGUGAAGAAGAUUACUAGUUUGGGUGUGCAAGGAAAGAAGGAGUUUUGCACUGAGAUUGCUAUUAUUGGGAAUGUUCACCAUGUCAAUUUGGUUAGACUAAAAGGUUUCUGUGCACACAAGAGGCAAAUGUUUCUUGUCUAUGAGUAUAUGAAUCGGGGUUCAUUGGAUCGUACCCUCUUUGGUGACGGACCUGUUUUAGAAUGGCAGGAGAGAUUCGAGAUAGCACUUGGAACAGCUCGCGGGCUUGCUUAUUUGCACAGUGGGUGUGAACACAAGAUCAUCCACUGUGAUGUCAAGCCAGAGAACAUUCUCUUGCACAACAAUUUACAAGUGAAGCUAUCAGAUUUUGGGCUUUCAAAGCUGCUUAGUCCUGAACAAUCUAGUUUAUUUACGACUUUGAGAGGAACCCGAGGCUAUCUAGCGCCUGAGUGGCUGACUAGUUCUGCCAUCUGCGACAAGACAGAUGUGUAUAGUUACGGAAUGGUGUUGCUAGAGGUAGUGAGGGGACGGAAGAACUGCACAUUACAGACAGUCAGCCAUAGAACAGUAGAUGAUAGAAGUGGUGGAAAUGGUGGGACAUCUUCAUCUUCCUCUGUCUUGGAACGUCAGUCUGUUUACUUCCCCCUGUUUACAUUGGAAAUGCACGAGCAGAGGAGGUAUUUGGAGCUUGCUGACGUGAGGCUUGAGGGAAGAGUCACGUGUGAGGAAGUAGAGAAGCUAGUGCGGGUUGCUCUGUGCUGUGUGCAUGAAGAGCCAUUGCUGAGGCCGACCAUGGCUAAGGUUGUUGGCAUGUUAGAAGGUGCACUACCAUUGGGCGAGCCGCGGGUUGAGUCUCUCGAAUUUCUAAGGUUCUAUGGCCGGCGAUUCACGGAGGCGUCAACAAUAGAAGAAGGGUACAAUGGGAUGAAUGAUUUUGUGUUCCAUCCACAAGUAAAUGCCAGUUCUAAUAGCACUACUAGUGAUCCACAUAAAGUCUACUCUUACAUGUCUUCGCAGCAAGUCUCAGGUCCCCGCUAGUGCGCUAGAGGCUCAAUGCUCUCUUUUAUUUUAGCUGGAGGAGUCCAUGGACGGUAUACAUUCAGAUGGAUGCCCAGAGCUUGUUGCCCCGACUGGUUGUGUAAUCUUGCAAUUCUUCAAGUGUCGAAUAUUUGGGUUUUUCCUAAGAUUGUGUCACUUUGAGACAGCAUUCAAAACCUAACCAAUCUCACAACUUUUGGAUUCCGGUUCCGCGCUGAACUAAAAUGGAGAUGAUGAAGGGAAUUGCGGAGGAUUGGAAUAAAGAUAGAACACAUACCACAUGUUUGGUUAAAAGAAUACAGGCACAGAACAUCUUUGUGAAGUAACAGGAAUGCAGGAGGCAGGUUUUUGUUAAUCAUAUUACAUAUGGUGGCCAUUUCCUUUUAAAAAAGGAUAUCAACAGCAAGGUAGAGGGUUUCAGACAGUAAUCCACCAUCAUUCGUUCAUAUAGAUUUAUGUAAUUUCUAAAGUUUUUUCUUUGUUAAUUUUCUAUAUCAAAGCUUCCCAUUGUUAAGGUUCCAAAUCGGAAUGGUAAUGGACCAUUAUGGAGUUCCGGUCAGCAAGGAUAGGCGGAUAUGGGUACUCAAAUUGGAGGAAGUACAAUAAAACUCGAGUUACGAAUCUAUUGUCAAUUUGGAUAUCCAAUUCGAAUAUAUUAUUCAAAAUUUCAAACUUGCUUUAAUA